CAGAUCCAUUAGGACUGAACAAUCACAUUCCUAGAGCAUUUCCAGAGUGUAUGUCCAAGCUCUCUCUCUGUCUUUCUCUCUCUCUUAUGCACACAUACACACACACACACACACACAGCUGGAAAAAGAGGAGGAGAAAUCUGGUCAUUUAGAAGGCAUGCAUCAUCAUAGUUGCCGGCAGCCGUUGGACUCUUAAAACUAUUUUCAUCAUGUGGAUUCACUGGAGAAAUGAUUUUCUUGGAUCAGACAUGCCAAAUUAUAAACUGGCUUGUUUGCUCUCUGUGCUCACCCCGGUUGCUGAGACUCUGGAGUGGUCGGUGCCCAAGGACCAGAAGGAAUUUGUUGUUGGGCACAGCCUUUGUGAUCUAUCUGGGAUUCCUCGUCAGCCAAGUAGGUCAUAUUGUUCCGCAACACAAAAGAAGAUCUUCAAAAGCAGAUGUCCAGAAUCUUCGAGAUGCUGACCAGGCCCUAUCCCUUGAUAUCCCAUUGGACAGCACCUUUUCAUUUCCUGACCUGGAAAAAACCCCAGCAGGGAACAAUGACUCUUCAGUGCUACCCAACGUGGUGUACAUUACACUGCGAUCCAAGCGUAGCAAGCCUGCCAACAUCCGAGGCACUGUGAAGCCCAAGCAAAGGAAGAAGCACAUCACACCUUCGCAGUAUGGAAAUAAGCAUCUACUACCCAGCAUUAGCCAGGACAAGACCUUAAUUCCAAGGUCACUUCAUGAGACUAGUAAUUCCAUUAACAAGUGGACCACGGCAGGAGGAGCAGUUCCAAAGAAAUCAAGACAUCACAAGGAAGAGAAAGAGAAAUAUAUGCCAAGAAAAUAUAACAGGCACUGGAAGCCUGUGGUGGCCCAAACAGGUGUGAAUGUUGAACCUAAUGCUCAGGAGAGCAAUAUCAGGAUAUACAGUGAGAGACCACCGUCAUGGCUGAGCAAAGAAGACAUCUUAAGUAUGCGUCUUCUGGCAGACUCCAAAAUAAAGAGUAUACAAGUGGCACCAUCGCAGCAUGGAGUACUUCUGGUAUUUGAGAGGGAUGCUAUUGUCAACGAGUCAACGAAAAGAGGUGUUUGCAGCCAAGGUCACUGUGGCUUAAUCAAGAGACCCAUUGACACGAGUGAAGUGUUUGCCUUCCAUUUGGAUAGGAUCCUGGGGCUGAACCGGACCUUGCCUACCAUUAGCAGAAAGUCGGAAUUUGUGCAAGAUGGUCAACCAUGUCCUGUUGUCCUUUGGGAUCCUUCGUUGGCUAAAACAGACAGUGAGACACACUCUUCACUGAAGCUCAACUGGGGACUUUACCAGCAACAACUAAGGCAGAAGUGUUGGCAAAAUGGCAGAGUGCCCAAAGCAGAGUGGAGGUGUACAGAUGUGCAUCACUUUGAGUGGUCCAAGAUGGCAGUCCUUGAUUUUCUAUUACAGAUCCAUCACCGCUUGGACAAGAACUGUUGUGGGUUCAAACCACGGAAGGAGGAUUCCUGUGUACAGAAUGGACUGAGUGGGAAUUGUGAUGACCAGGAUAAUAUUGCUUUGACUCACAUUAUCCAGAGAAAAGAUGACCCAAAGCAUUUGGUUUUUAUAGACAAUAAAGGUUUCUUUGACAGAAGUGAAGACAAUCUGGAUUUCAAAAUAUUGCAAGGCAUAAAUGAGUUCCCUGAAUCUGCUAUCUCUGUGUUGAAGAGCCAUCGUUUGAGAGAAAAACUUCUUCAGUCUUUGUUCCUUGACAGAAUUUUUUGGGAUAGCCAAGGUGGUCGCGGGGUUAUUGAAAAAUUAAUUGAUGUGAUUGAACAGAGGGCCAGAAUUCUUCUCACCUAUAUUAAUGCACAUGGUACAAAAGUGAUCCCAAUGAAUGAAUGAUGCUAUAAUUUUACGCAUACUCAUCUGGGAGUAAGCCAGACUAUAUACUUCAGGACUUACUUCUAAGUUAAUGGUUCCUAACCACCAGUAACCCAGGUGUUCUUGCAACUCCCAGAAAUCCUGGCCAGCACAGCUGGUGGUGAAGGCUUCUGGGAAUUGCAAUCCAAGAACCCCUGGAUUAUCCAAGGUUGGGAACCAAUGUUCUAAAUGAAUAUGCAAUUGAUUUUCGUGGAAAUGAGUAGAUAAAAUAACUGAGCUCUAAUGAAAAGACUUGGGCUUUUAUGAACUGAAUAAGAAAGCCUGCAUAGAUAGACAUGCACCUGUUGUUGAUAUUUUUUGAAUUCAAUUUUAUACAUAUUGAACUCAGUGGCAAUUAGUUCUGAAUAGACAUUUAUAGCAUUGCACUAUUAAUUCCCAAAGCACAAAUACUAAAACUAACCAUUUUGAACUAAGUAUUUUAUUAUCCAAGAUAGCAACAUUUCAUACUACUUGUUUUACAAAUCAUACAUAUUUGUUCCCAUCUUGGAAAAUAAACACUAGAUCCAAAUUAACGUUUGUGUAGUUAGAAUGGCAGAGGUGAAGUUCCUUACCAAUCUUCUCCAUGGCUGCCCCUCAAGCUCCCUGAAAAUAUUACAUACAGAACCUAUUGAAUAGGUUAUUUUCUGUGAGUGUAGCUCUAUUCAUGUAAAGUGAGAGUCCUGUUCAACAGUCCCUCUGAUUCUACAAGAUCCCUUGAUCCUCUAUGUAGUAUUUUCAGGGGACUGAAGAAGGAAAGUCUGUCUCUACCAGCCUACUUGCACAUCCAUAAAUAUAAACCCAACCCUAAAGAACACAGUCGAUUUCCCACCAUUUCUUGAGUUUCAGCAGGAAUAAGCUUGCUCACUUUGGGAGACACUUUCUGCAACAUAUGACCAAAAGUUGCAGCUUGCAAGACAACGUACACUAGGUUUGUUCUGCACUGAGUAGUUUCCAGGACUGCUGCAAUACUUGCUUAAAGAAUAUAUUUAUACCGGGCCUUUUUUUUUUUUUUUGGUUAAUUUUGGAGUGUGGAUGAUCAACUUCUGCUGUUGAGUUUUUUGAGCUUUGCUCUCAGAUUGUUGAGCAAAUAAAGAGCAAAAACUCUUAUAGUUAGUAACAUGUUACAUUUCUAAUAAGGAAUGUAGCUUUGACAGGAUUAAGCAGAUAUUUAGUGGGAAUGUUACAGUAUUUGCUUGCUGUGUUUUGUCAGUAAUUGUACACCUUAAUUUUUUUCCCUUCCUUUUUGUGGGCUCAUUCUAAUUAGUCUCUUCCCAUCCUCAGUUUCCUUCUCUCCUCUGUAAGUUCCAUUAAUUCAAAUGGGUCUACUCUCAAGGCUCUUUAGGUGCCAACAUUUUCUUCAGGUCUCUCAUUCAUAUUUCACUGCCUGCUCUGUACCCUUCAUUGAGUUUUCUCACCUAUAUAUUCUCUCUUCUCAACUUUACUGCAUCCAAAGACAUUUCUCCAGCCUUCAGCUUGCCUAUUGGGUUUUUAAAUUCCAUUCAUGUUUAUACAUUUCCUUCCCUUAUUACAGGAACUCUAUUGUAGAUGUAUUUUUGCCAAAGCCAUUGUAUAACCUGUUCCCUCAACCCAGCCAGUCACUGUUAGAGAUGAAAUUGCCAUCGGCACUAUACAGUAUAUUCUGUUACAAAUUGCCUGUGGAUUAUUUCUUUCAUAAAGUCCAUGUAAUGAGUAAUUGAAUGGUCUAUCUUUGCUCUGCCAUUCACCCAAUGAAAAUGUGUUUUUUCUCCCAGUGUAUAAAACACUGACUUUGUCAUUGUGACUUUGGACUUGAGUCAUAUUUUGGUUGAAUGUUCUGCAACAUUAUACCUUAUGGCUUUGAAAGCAUUCCUUUUGAUUAUCACAUUCUGAAGAACUCUGAUUGAAACCAAACUUUAAAGGGGCACAAAGAUCUGUCAGGAUCACAAAAUCACACAAAGAUCAGAAACUUAAAAGGGUCAUGAAGAUCAAUAUUGUCACUAGUAUGAAAACAUGAACGUAAUGCUUUUUAGAUCACCUUGUUAGUUUGUAGGUUUUGGUUUCAUGGAGAGGUUGGGGACUAAAUCCAGCUUCAUUCCUCAAUUGGAUUAGAUCCAUUAAAUCAGUGGCCAAAAUCCUGUUGCGUAUUGUAGUAAAUUGUGCUAGAGUAGGUCCAAUGGGGAUUGGUGACUCAACUACUUUGUAAGUUCCAUUGAUUCAAAUGGGCCCUCUCUAACUGUAGCUUACAGUUCUAUCACAAUAAGUUGCAACUAGAGUAACCUUAUAUGAAUCCAUGGAACAUAUGGAGGAGUUGACUUACCAAAUCCUGAUUGAUUCAAUGGGUUUAUUUGAGUGCAAUUUACUAAGCAACAGUAUUUUUCCUAAUGGGAUUUAACAUUAGUGUUGAUGUAAAGUCUCAUUUGUUCAAUAAGUUUACUUUAUUUGGGGUGAACAAUUGUAUUUAGCCCUUUAUCUCCACCACUAUUUGUUUAACCUCCUAAUAGCAGUUUAAGUGUCAAGUGGCCCUGCAAAGAAUCCUGAAAUUUAUUAUUUGAUGAGAAAGCUGAGUAUUCCUUUACAGAGAUUUCCCACUCAGAAAACAACGGUUCUCACAGUAUCCGGAGAGGAUGGGAAUUAAUCGACAUAUGAUAUGCCCUUUCAGAAUCUCAUCCACUUGUGGGUGUUCCUUACUCAUAAGUCAUGCCUGGAAUGCCAUUGAUUUGAUGAUCCAGCUGGAAUUAGUGGGAGUGCUUGCAAGAAAAAAACUGAAGUGAGCUUUCAAGUGAAAGUCUAAAACUAAAUGGACAAAAAUUAUAAUACUAACUAACAUUUUCAAAAUAGCCUUUCAUUUAUCUUGCUUGCCCAUUUAACAUGUGAAGAUUAUACUCCUGCAUUUAGACAUGGGGCAAGUUUUGCUCUGAAUGUGAAUCUUGAACAACUCAUUUCAAGAUUGAAAUAUUUCUUUGUCCUGAUCAUUUUCACAUCUGUAAAUCCAAUUUUGUUGGUUUAUAUGCUCCGUAGUGAGAAGCCUGUGCCUAACCAACACUUCCCGUGGGCAUUUAUAUGCUGUUUCCCAACCCACCUUGACUAUCAAGCAAGAAUGACAACUAAAUCGCCCUGGCUUUUAGAACAGUUGAGGGAUCAAGGAUUUUUAUUACAUUCUGGGAAAUAGGACAAGCUAGAUUAAGAAAUAAAGUCUUUCUUGGCAAUUCAGAAGCUAUGUCCACUUGUCUUCUUCACUUGUAAUCAUCUGUCCUAGGCUAUUUUCCUUUUUGGGGCAUAUAGGAUCAGACAUCACGUUCCAGGCUAGUCUGAAGAGAAUAGCUUAGGAAUCCAAGGUCUGUGUGUGGGAGAAAUGUGUUAUGAAGCAUGUCUUGUGAAAAAAUGACGUGGGGGUGGGAGGAAGCUUCUGGGUAAGAUGCCAAACUAUUAACAAUGCUGAGUGUUUUCCAACUUAUACAAUCAAAUCUGAGAAUAUGUAUUUACACACUGAGGAAACUUAUUUUUCCAAGGGUUCUUUGGCUACAGGUAUGAAAUCAGCUCUUUUCAGAUCUUCAUUGUACUACUCUCUGUUUCCCCUUUCGGAUAGAUCUUUUGCCUCCCAGAUAGCUCCUUUCUCCCUUCCUCUAUAACUAAACCCUGUCAAGCAGUUAAAUUGUCAGUUUUUAGAUUAGGCAUCCUUCAGUUUCGAGAGACUAUGGUAUCGUGCUCUGUAUGAAGGACUUGGAACAGC